CUUAACAUACGUCCUCAAGCAAUGCAAUGUAAACCUAAAAGAAAGACAUAUCUGUUCUAAAGCUUCGUUCCAGAGGCUAGAUAGGUACUCCCAAACCUCGACAAAACCUGGAAUUGAAUCCAAAAUCCAAUGUCCUUAAGCACGCAUGUAAUGAGACGAGACGGUGCAGUGCAAACUCUGCCCUCUAUUCGGCAUCACAAUGCUCGAGUAAGUGCAAUUUUCAUGGAUAAAUCACAUGGUUGUUUUUCGAUUUGAGAUGUUGGUUACCAGUUUGGCUUUCAGUUUGGAUAUACGUAUUGUUUUGUAAUCUCAUCGAAAUAUCAAACUUGAUAGCUACGCUUUAUGUUGAAAAUUUUGCAGUGCCCAUAAAUUGGCUUCAUUUUAAAAAUUCUUUCAAUACAUCUAGUUUUGGCUCUGAUCACUGGGACAUACUUCUCAGUAUCUGUUUCUGGAGAAAACCCUAAUGUUUGACCUACCAAUGUUUCAGCGGGCAAUCCAAAAAUAUGCUUUUUAUCCCAAAUUUUCAUUUUCUAAACAGAAAUUGGUUACCUGGGGUUCUCAUUAUUUAAACCUAAAUCUGCUGCCUUUGAUUUUUGUUCAGACUGCUAAACUCUCUGGGAAGGCAAGGGUAAAGCCCUUGGCUGAAGUCCCAGAAGAUGUGAAGCUCCAAGUUCAGCAGGCGCUUCAAGAUUAUCUUUACUACAGUAGGGAUUUUAACUUUACUGAUGCCAGAUAUAUAAGCCUCAAUGCCCCAUGCUUUAUACGCAAGCUGUUAUCUAGUGUACGGCAAAGGAAGAACAUAAACCCAGCUCUUCAGAAACAUCUGCUUUAUAAUCCAAUUAAUGAGUUUGAGCCCUUCUUUGAAAGCAUUGGUAUACAGCCUUGUGAUAUCCAUAGCUUGUUGCCUGCUCAUCAACUGUUUAUGAAGGAAAACCAAGCCUUGCUUGCAACUGUGUCAACUUUGAGCAACAUUGGAUUUCCAAGGCAGGAACUUGGCAAACUUUACAAAGAGCACCCAGAGAUAUUCAGUAGUUCUUCAAAAGAACUGCAAAAGAAACUUCAGUUCUAUGAGAAUCUUGGAGUCAGUAAGCUUUCUCUUGUGAGAAUAUUAAUCUGCUGCCCGUCAGUUCUUAAUGAUGACGUGUAUAAAAACUUAAAGGCAGUUACUAGUCGUUUGAAUGGUUUGCAAGUGGAGAAAAGCAGAAUUUGCUGUCUGAAUGAAACAAAUCUGCACAACAGGGGUACUGUUUUGGAAAAGCUGAUGCUUUUGAUGGGUGUUGGUUGCUCUUGGGAUGAGAUAAGUAAAUUAUGUCAUACAAAGAGUGAUCUCCUUACCAAUGGUUCAGACGAAUCUGUGUACUUUAUAAUAGAAUUUUUGUCAAGCUUAGGAAUUCAGAAGGAAAAUAUUGGCAGUAUAUUUGUUAAGUGUCCUGAACUUCUGGAUCCUAAACUAGUCGAAUCUAUGGAGACAAGUGCUGCAAGUUUUGAACAAUACCAGAAGGAGGCAAGAGAGAAAAUCGAUCUGCAUAGGAGCAAAUUGAUUAAGCUUCAUGAAUGCAUGGUUGGAACAGUUUUUGAAAAGCAGAAUUUUUUUGCGUUCAUUGAAGAACGUUUGAAGAGCAUGAUGCCAGUUACAUCUGUUCAAGAAAUACAAAUUUGUGAACAUUUACAUAGGCAUAUUGGAAGGCACACGCUGAACAUUUUCUUGAAAGCAGGCUUAUCCAAAAGCUCUAGAAAGAUGAAUGAAGCAGCAAGCAGGAUUGAAUGUAAAUCAGAUAAGCUGCAGGAGCGAUUCAAUUAUUUGCUGGGACUUGGAUUGCCAUUUUGUGCUGUUUGUAAAAUACUCUGGGUUUCCCCUAAUAUAUUCAGUUUAAAUUUGAAUUCAGUUAAGAAGAAAGCUGAUUUUCUUUUCAGGUCUGUAAGUAACCCACUCCAGGUUCUUGAAAAAUAUCCGCAAUUCUUGAAUUACAGUCUUGAGCGUAGAACCAUGCCUAGAUACGAAUUUUAUAAAUGGCUGAGGACAAAUAAUGUUCUUAAGUCAGAGUUCGGUAUCAUGCGCAUCCUGAGGCCAUCAGAGAAAACUUUUGAGAAGACAUUUGUAGAGAUUCAUCCUGAAGGAAAGAACUAUUUUAGGCGAUGCAUGCGCAAAUAUAAGCAUAAGUCAUCUGCUCGAGAAACAUGAAGGUCUAUGUGCAACCUGCUCCAGUUUUUAGGUUCAUUUCCAGAGUACUUGCACUGUAAUCUUGAGCUUGGAGUAAUGCUGACAAAAGUACUCUUAAGUCAAACUUUCUUUCAGUUUCAUGAUAAGUUUAGCAGAGAAAGACCUAGUGCAGAAGCAUGUAAACCAUCACGUUGAAGUGAGAAACAAUUUCAGGUGUUGAAAUACAAAGGAAGACGCUGCACCUCCUCGAGAACUAUGAGUCAGUAUUCAGCAUCACCAUUUUUUAUCUUUUUUAUAAGGUUUCAAAGAAAAGACAUACAUAAUAGAGAAGCUUGAAUAACAAACAUUCUUAGUGUGAGCAAUUAUAAUAAAGAAAUAAUCUUUUCAACA